AUGGAUGUUCGAAGCCGGAAUUUCAAACUCGCCGUAACGAUUGCGCUUUCAGUAGUAGUAUCAGUCUGCCUUGCAGCUCAUUACCGAAAGCGCAGAAAACAAACACGUAGGAGGCAAUCCUCAACUUGUUAUCUAGACACAGGAAUCCCCAAGAAACCGCAAUCCAGUUUCAAACGCGUUCUCGCCGACAAUUCCUAUGCUCAGUUCAAGCAUUUGAAGCUCCAUGGAGGCUCAGCUGGAGGUGAUUGUACUAAUGUUCAUCCUUACAAGGAAGAGAUUGGGGAGUUGCUGAAGAAUUUGAAUACAGAAUUUAUCGAGCUUUUUGAUGGGGAAAUGGUGACAUUAGAGGAUAGUGAUUGUAUUUGGGUUGAGAAGAGGUCGCAGUUGGAGGAGCUUGUUGAGGUGCUGAGUAAAGAGAGAGUUUUUGGUGUUGAUACCGAGCAGCAUAGUCUCAGAUCCUAUCUAGGCUUCACUGCUCUCAUUCAGAUUUCGACGAAGAAGAUGGAUUUUCUGGUGGAUACAAUUGCCUUGCAUGAUGUGAUGGGAAUUCUCCAGCCAGUGUUUGCUAAUCCACGUAUUUGUAAGGUUUUUCAUGGUGCUGAUAAUGAUAUUCUCUGGCUCCAAAGGGACUUCCAUAUUUAUGUGGUUAAUCUAUUUGAUACAGCCAAGGCCUGUGAUGUGCUUUCAAAAGCACAGAAGUCGUUGGCACAUUUGCUUGAAGUAUAUUGUGGCGUUUCCAAGAAUAAGCUCUUGCAGAGAGAAGACUGGAGACUACGUCCCUUGUCUCCGGAGAUGGUUGAAUAUGCUCGAGCAGAUGCACACUACUUGUUGUAUAUUGCGAAAUGUCUUGUUUCAGAGCUCAAACAAUAUGCCAGUGAAAACCCGUCAUGCAUCGAUGAAAAGUUCCAUUUUGUUCUCGAGGCUAUGCGGCGUUCAAAUGCGGCAUGCAUGCAACUUUAUGCAAAGGAUGUUGAAGCUUUUCCUGGAGAGUCUGCGGCAACAUCUAUAAUUUCUCGUUAUUCCCUUGAUCAGCGAAGUUUUCAUUUAAAUGUUUGUGAUACAAAAGAAAACUGUUCAUGCCAUGAUAAGUUUCAGAUUCUCGUGAGACGGUUGUGCAGUUGGAGGGAUAUGAUGGCCCGUGUCCAUGACGAGAGCUUGAGAUAUGUCUUGUCUGACCAAGCUAUUGGCGCACUUGCAACCACAGUUCCAACAACUGAAAUGGACAUAUAUGAUACUAUCUCUGCGGCUGAUAAAAGUUCUGAUUCCACGAUUCUUGGUUCUUUCAUUCAAACCCCAUCACCAGUUGUCUGCAGUCAUGUUGAAGAUUUUGAUUUUCUAUUUUUUGGUAGUGAUGCCGAGGUUGAUGACCUUUGUUACGUGAUUUUACAAAGGCACCUAGGACCUGAGGGAAAUUGUCCACUGUCAAUAUAUAAUUAUUAUUUGCUAUCCGAAACUAGUCUGAAAAUGACAAAAAAGAGACCAGUUACCAAACAAAAUGGCUCAAGAACUUCAAAGGUGGUUGCUCGUAAGAAAUCUAGAGAAUUAUUUGUUCAAAAGUUCUCCUGCAAAUCCCCAGUCUAUCAUAACUGUAGAAUCUAUGCAAAUGACGGACGAUUAUUAUGUUACUGUGACCGGAAAAAACUUGAAUGGUAUAUUAACCGAGGACUUGCGAAACUUGUUGAAGAUGACCCUCCUGCUAUUAAGCUUCUUUUUGAACCUAAAGGUCGUCCUGAGGAUGAGGGCAAUGACUUCUACAUCCAAAGUAAGAAGAACAUAUGUGUUGGUUGUGGUGAAGGAAAUCACUAUUUACGCUACCGAAUCAUACCAUCGUGCUAUAGAAUGCAUUUUCCUGAGCACUUGAAGAGUCAUCGCUCUCAUGAUAUAGUCCUCCUUUGUGUGGAUUGUCACGAGAUUGCGCAUGCUGCUGCCGAGAAGUGCAAGAGGCAGAUUGCUAAAGAUUUUGGAAUUCCGCUAUAUGUUCGUAAGGUCAUCGUUUCUGAUCAAGUUAAGGAUGCAACUGAAUCGUUAUCUAACAGAUAUGACGAGGAGAGAGGGGUAUCUCCACUACAGUUGCGCACUGCAGCUAUGGCUCUGUUGCGACAUGGAUCACGAAUGCCACCAAACCGUCGUGAAGAAUUAAUCCAGAUAGUGGAAAAGUAUUAUGGAGGAAGGGAAAUAUCAAAUGAAGAUCUGGAAAGAGCUUUGCUUGUUGGCAUGAGUCCUCAUGAAAGAAGACGACUGGAGAAAAAAAAAGCCCUUUUUCGUCAGUCAACUUCUCGGGGUGUGAAUGUCUCGCAGUCUACCACAGAAGAUGUACAUAGCAGGGAAGAUGUUAGUGAAAAUUUAAGUGGCAUGGAUGUGGAGGCAAGUGGGCCUGCUACAAACUCCAAUUCUAUUGGCGAUGAUGCCAAUUGCAAUAUGGUGGAUUCUGAUGUUGUCUCAUGUGUACCUGUUUCAGAGGCAGAUGUGGUGUCUGAUAUUCAAAAUUCGCCAAGCAAAGCAACAAACUUGGGCUCCGCUUUUAACUUUAGAAAAUCCAAACAUGAUUCAAAAUAUUCAUUAUUAGGCCAUGGACCACAUGGAAAGCAAGUUGUAGAAUAUUUACUGAAUGAGUUUGGUGAGGAUGGAAUUCUUCAAUUUUGCCAGAGAUGGAGACAAGUUUUCGUUGAAGCAGUUCAUCCUCGUUUUCUACCCGCUGGCUGGGACGUGAACCACAGUGGUAGAAGGGACUUUGGAGAUUUCAGUGUAUACAAACCUGUGAAGAAGAAUUCUGAAUUUGCUGAGGAAGGAGUUGGAUCUGCUCCAGUGAAUCAGUAA